AGACUCGGCUUUGUCUAUGUACGAUACCCUUUCCCAUCAUUGCCCUUCGUAGCGUCUGCUAGUCUCCAAUAUACCCGCUCAUCGUUCCUCCUGCCGCCCGCGUCGUUCCCGACAAUCAUGGCUUCUCUGGGCCCCAACUCUCAGAGACGUUACGUCCAGCCUGACUCUCCUUCAACCACCAAUCUUUUGUCACCACAAUCAAGACUCUCCCCGAAUGGCGCGCAGGGCGCGCAAUCACCUCGUUCGGUCCAUAGCAUGGCCAGUCUAUCUUCUCUGAACGAGUCUCGGUACGCGUCCAGCGUGGCCGGAUCCAUUCCUGCUUCAAUAUCGGACAAGUUCUCGCUCUCUCCAGACCCCUCGUCAUGGGGUGCAGAUCUUUCUCCAGAUCAUCCGGAGAGCGAUGACUUCCUACACAACCCCGAUCCAAAGAGGGACCGCAAGAACGACCAGGGCGGAAACAUAUUCACAUACAGAGGAAUUAUAAACCUUGGCUGCCUUUUCGUACUGUUCACCGGGAUCAUGAUGCUCUUUGCUGGCUAUCCCAUAAUCAGUCACUUCAUGAAGAAAAAUCACUCAUACUCCACAACCGGCGCCUCAAAUGUUGGUGGCUCCAGCUCGCUUGCCAAGAUGGGUGGUAGCUACGACCUCAUCGAUCCCGACACGCCUGAGGAGGCGCAUUCCAAAGCGGAUUACGUCUAUGGGAAGAAUUGGACACUUGUGUUCAGUGAUGAAUUCAACGUCGAUGGACGCACUUUCUGGCCCGGUGACGAUCCGUACUGGGAAGCGCUUGAUUUGCAUUAUUGGCAAACGAACAAUCUGGAGUGGCUUAGUCCGACUGCGAUCACAACCGCUAACGGCAGCUUGGAGAUUACGAUGUCAAAGAAACCUCAGAAAGGCCUGAACUUCACGAGUGGGAUGAUGACAACAUGGAACAAGUUCUGCUUCACGGGUGGCAUCGUCGAAGUCUCCGUUCAGCUUCCUGGUUACAACAACAUCGUCGGCUUCUGGCCUGCUAUUUGGACGAUGGGCAAUUUGGGUCGUGCCGGAUACGGUGCUAGUCUCGACGGCUUGUGGCCUUAUACGUAUGAUGACUGUGAUGUUGGUACAGCUCAGAACCAAACAAUAGAUGGCAAGCCGGUUGCAGCCACGGAGAACGGCGAUCCUUAUAAUGGUGGCGUUCUGUCGUACCUACCUGGUCAACGCCUCUCUAGGUGUUCAUGCCCAGGUUCGUCACAUCCUGGACCUAUGCAUACGGAUGGAACGUACGUCGGCCGUGCUGCACCGGAAAUUGAUAUCUUCGAAGCUUUGGUUUCUGACGGGAAGGGUCAAGUCUCGCAAUCCGGACAGUGGGGGCCAUUCAACUAUGAAUAUAUAUGGCACAACACUACGGAUAAUUACUCCAUUGGGAAUUCGUCCCUUACCGAGCUCAACCCGUACUUGGGUGGUGUAUACCAACAAGCCACAUCGGCCUUGACGUGGACAGACCAAACUGCUUACGAGCUGAAUGGCGGGGGAUACGCCACAUAUGGGAUACAGUAUAAGCCCGGAUUUGACGAUGCUUACAUUUCGUGGAUUGCAAGUGGCGAAGUAGCUUGGACAUUAGAUGUCGCUGGCAUGUCCACGGACUCUGUAGUCAACAUCAGCUCCCGGCCAGUAUCUCAGGAACCUAUGUACCUGAUCAUGAAUUUGGGCAUGUCCGAGAACUUCGGAUAUGUCGACUUGGAUCAGCUGCCUUUCCCGGCCACUAUGCGUGUGGACUAUGUUCGCGUAUACCAAGACCCAGACGAGCAGAACGUUGGAUGUGACCCGACGGAUUUCCCUACUGCGGCGUAUAUCGACAAGUACAUUGAAGCAUACACAAACCCAAAUCUAACGACGUGGACCAACGAUUAUGGGCAGCCGUAUCCGAAGAACCGCCUUUUGGAAGCAUGUUAACGAUAGAUGUGGGUCUGAACAGAAUGCACGGCCGUUCUACGUAAUCAUUACUUUUGAUCUACUAAAGUUACCUAUCUCUACAUGCCUUCGCACGGCAUUCGCUUCACCGCUUUCUGCGCCGUUGAUACCUGCUUAACGUUGCAUUUCCAUAGCUUUUCAUUUUCGUCGUCACUUGGCCCCGUAAUGGCGCCGCCCUCGUUCGCUUGUAGUUGUUCUGUCUAGUCGUCGCGAAUGGAGUGGAGCGUUGUACAUAUACGAAUCCCCCGUGGCUCCGCUAGAAGGAGCUUAGAGCCUUGGUGAGUAUGGCUCGUAAGAAGACAUUUGCUGUGCGCCUGUACUAUCCAUAUUUG